ACCAUGGGGCGGGCCGGGCUCGGUGUGCUGGGCUGCUGCCUGGCGCUGGCAAUGCUGCCGCUGCCCGCGGCCCCGCGGGGCCCCGCGCUCCGCCCGCGCCGGCAGCCGCGCCCGGGCGGCCCCUCCGCAGACACUGCCUGUAAGAACCGGCCUCUAGACCUCGUCUUCAUCGUAGACAGCUCCCGUAGUGUGCGACCUGAAGAGUUUGAGAAAGUGAAAAUCUUCUUGUCAGAAAUGAUUGAUACCUUGGAUGUUGGUGAAAGAACAACGCGCGUGGCGGUCAUGAACUACGCGAGCACUGUCAAGGUGGAGUUUCCUCUCCGGACCUACUUUGACAAAGCCUCUAUGAAGGAGGCUGUGUCUCGCAUCGAGCCCUUGUCUGCUGGCACGAUGACCGGCCUUGCCAUCCAAACUGCCAUGGAUGAAGUCUUCACCGAGGAAAUGGGCACCCGGCCAGCAGCCUCCAACAUCCCCAAGGUGGUCAUUGUUGUGACAGACGGACGGCCACAAGACCAGGUCCAAGAUGUGGCGGCAAGCGCCCGCACAGCUGGCAUCGAGAUCUACGCGGUCGGGGUAGACCGUGCAGACAUGCAGUCCCUGAGGAUAAUGGCCAGUGAGCCUCUGGAUGAACACGUCUUCUAUGUGGAGACCUAUGGUGUGAUCGAAAAGCUGACAUCCAGAUUCAGGGAGACUUUCUGUGCUGUGAACGUGUGUGCCCUGGGGACCCACGGCUGCCAGCAGCUCUGUGUGAGUGAUGGGCCAUCCCACCUCUGUGACUGCUAUGAAGGAUACACCCUCAAUCCAGAUAAGAGAACCUGCUCAGAAGCUGUGGACAUGUGUGCACCUGGGAGACACGAGUGUGACCAGAUCUGUGUGAGCAACAACAGAUCCUAUGUCUGUGACUGCUAUGAAGGCUACACCUUGAAUCCAGACAAGAAGUCUUGCUCAGCCAUGGACAUGUGUGCACCUGGAAGGCAUGACUGUGCCCAAGUCUGUCUGAGUAAUGAUGGAACCUACAGCUGUGGCUGCUAUGAAGGAUACACUCUGAAUCCAGACAAGAAGACUUGCUCAGCUGCUGAUGUGUGUGCACCUGGCAGGCACGACUGCGAGCAGGUCUGCGUGAGGGAUGACCUGUCCUACACCUGUGACUGCCACCAAGGCUACACCCUCAACCCAGACAGGAAGACAUGUUCAAGAGCCAUAACAAGCAGUCUUGUAACAACUGAAGAGUCCUGUAAGUGUGAAGCCAUAGUUGCCCUCCAGGACUCAGUGACCUCACGGCUUGAAGCUCUCUCCACAAAAUUAGAGGAAGUGUCUGAGAAGCUGCAGGCAUAUCAAGAGAGACAGCAGAUUGUCUGAGCUAUCAUUUUGCUUGAUUUUAAAAUAAUUUUUCAGAAUCAAUUUUUAUUGUUUUCAGUAAGCAUUAUUUCAUUGCAAAGCUUACAAAACAGCAGCUGGUUUAUUAUAAUCAACAAACAUCAAAAAGACUUCAGGAAGACAAGAGUCUUAAAAAUACAGUGACCCUGAGGAUCUUCAUGUACAGUCACUUUAUAGCCAUGAAGCUACUCAUUCCUGCUGUGCUUCAGUUUGUACUGCAGGUACUGCUUUUCUGUAGUAACUGCAUUUUUUAUUCUCUUACUUCAAAGGAAAUACAGAAAAAAAAUGGAUACAGUAUAUCACAUUAUAUCAAACUUUGAAAUGGCAAGGCAGAAUGAAAAAAUGUGCCUAUGUCUUCUUUCAAUUAAAAGGGAAAGUAAGUUGGGAUCUUGUAACUUAUUAAAAUAAAAUACAAUAUGA